AUGCGGACUCGCUGUGGCAGCAAUGGAUAUGUGACUAACUUUGCGCAUAAAUAUUGUGAAAAGUAUUUGGCUGGAAGGAGCAGCUUCUACGACACGAAAUGGCAAAAUGGCGUGCGUGUUUGUCUUCAACGAACCAUGUUAUCCAAAUUACGAACCGUCAAUCAGCCUACAUGUCAACAAAUCCGUGAUUGGGGAUUCGGUUCACAUUUCGGCUGCUACAUGCGCCCUAUUCCAAAUUCACCUGAAGUGAAUUUUUGCCGAUUAAAAGGAGCAGAUAUAGCAGAAAUUGGAUGGAUGGCUAAAGGAGCGGUGUUUGAAAAAGAAGUUUGGAGCCAAUUCGCAAAAAUGAUCAAGGAAUGCGCUGGUCAGUAUCUACAAGACGUUCAACAAGAUUUUGUUCAAUUCCUGAAAAAAACUAUGAACUCACUCAAUUGGCCGUGGUAG